UAGUUCAAAUUGUUCAAAGUAUAAAAUUACAACAAGUGAGAAGCGUGCAUCAUCGUUGGCAACAUCACUUGAACAGCAUCAGGUUAAGCCCUAUUCAACUUUUACUGUCGUUUGUGGCUGUCGAAAACGUCGACUCGACCCUGUCGAACCUGUACAUAUUGUAUAUUAUACUUUGGUAACACUGCCUCGUUCUAGCGUUCUGAUUGGCUCUGCCCAGAACGCGCACUUUUUGCAUUUAAAUAAUUAUAUUUUACUCGAAGUCUCGAAGGAUUUAAGGAAAGAUUUCAGAUGUAUUAUUUGUCUUCUGUUGAUCGGUCGAUUUGUCACAUCGUAAAGACAUUCCGUGUAUUGCUAUUACUUAGCCUAAAAAGUAAAAACAAUCGAACUCGCGAAUCGCGCAGUUACUAUUUAUUUAAUUAUUGAACUUUUAUACCAUCGCGAUCCAAUUCCAUUUUUCAUCGUCUUCAUUCAAGAAUAAUAAUGGGUGAAGGUGACGAUUCUGCGACCAAUGCCGCCAACGCUGCUGCCGCCGCCGCCGCCAUUGCCGCUGCCGCUAAAACGGCCGCUGCCGAUUUGAAAAUUAGACAUCAAAGCCUGAUUCGGGCGGCUCGUCUUGCCGAUGAAGAAAUGGGUACUGCCUUAGAAGGAGCCGACCUCGGCAUCCUGGAACGCUCGGUGCUGACAUCCAAAGCUAUGAUUGCUGAGCUCGAGGAGGAGAUACUCCUGCAUCCUACCACCCAAGCAGUGGAGGACAUGAAGGCAAUGGUUGCCACCUCUAAGAAUUCUAUUAAAUCGGCGGAGCAGAUGAUGAAAUUUGCGCGUAACGUAGCGAAGGCCGCCCCGGGACCCUCACCCGGCACUGCGGAUCACGAAGUAAAGAUAACAUGGAACCCUGUACCAUUUUCAGGGGUCAUGAAAGAAUGGAUCGCGUGGUGGGACAUUUUCAGGACGUCUGUUCACGAUAGCAAGCGGUAUAGCAAUUCGACAAAGGUGAAAUGCCUCAUGGAUUGCCUCCGAGGCUCUGCCAGGAACGUCGUUAAAUCAAUUACGCCAACGAGCGAAAAUUAUGAGAAGAUUGUGGAUGCGCUCCAUGUUGCCUACAAUAAUCCAGCGGCGCUGGAAUCGAUUUUUAUUGACGAGCUGAAGGAAAUUCCGGAGGCUUCUGACGCUCGUGCGUGUAGGGAAAACGUUAAUUUGAUAAAAGGGAUUCUAACCAACUUGUCCAUGUUGGGCAAGGAAAUUAAAACCGAUUCGACUCAAAUUCGUAAGAUUGUUCUGAAUAAAUUCCCUGAGGGGAUAUUGACGGCCUCCGUCCACGAAAUCAACAAGGUCACAGGUGGAAAAUUUACGUAUUCGGCUCAACAGUUGAUUGAUGAAUUGGAUUCUCGUAUCUCCACGGGAGAGCAUAUCCAACUAAACAGGGAAGCGCAGUCGUAUGUGAUUAAUACGACGGCGUUAGCAAUUAAUUCGCACGUAAAUAAGGGAAGAUUGCCGCUAAAACGGCCUCACAACAACGAAACGCCGUCAAUAAAAUGCAUUUUAUGCGGCAAAGAGCAUCACGCUGCUCUUUGCCAACAAUAUCCGGACCUUGCGAGCCGCAGGAAGCGAAUCGCCGAAUUGCACCGCUGUUUUAGGUGCACUGGUGCCAACCACAAUCGAGAUUCGUGCCAAGUGAAGGUGCUGAGGUGCGAUAAUUGCACAAACCCAGACCACGUAACAAUUUUUUGCCCGAAUUCAAAUCAGGCAAAACGAGCCAGGAAAAAUAUGCGUUCAGGUUAACCCAGGUCCGGAUCGAAGAAGAUGAAAGUAUUCGCAUCGUUUAAUUUAGAUUCAGAUUUGUCAUCUCACGAUUAAACUUAAACCGUAAUUUUAUUCUUAUCCGCCUAUAUUUUUCAUUAAUUAUAUUCGAAUAUCAUAUUUCUAAAAAUGAAAAUUAUACGAUUUAUCGACUGUAUUUUGAGUUAACCCUUUUUCCAACCUGGUUUUAUAUACACGCACGCUUACACACGCGCACUCUCGAUUUGUAGAGAAUACGAUUCUCAACAGUGGCUGUGUUAUUACUUCGAGUGCUAACUCCAAACAUUUUUAAAAAUGGCCGAGAAGUUUUGUUUCAUAUUUUCUCGAAGAACUGGUUCAAUUAUAAUUUUAAGUUUUCCUGUGAUGCUUAUUAUCCAAGGGGCCAUCUUCGCCUUACAUAUCAGCAGUUCAGCCAUUUCAGUGCCGGGGUAUGCCAUAUUUGGUCUGGUAAUUUUGGCUAUUUCUUGCACCAUUGGACUACUUGGAGUUGAACAAAAAACCCCAUCGUUUCUGUUACCUGCAAUAUGGAUGAUAAUCAUUUUAAUCAUUUCGAACGUGAUUCGCCUGAUUUCAUACAUUUUAGACUACUUUCAACUCGCAAAUAUCCAAGAUGAUACCCUUAAAAGCAAUGAUCAAUUUUUCUAUAUCGUGACUUUUACCGCCAUGCUGAUGUAUGCGUUUAUUACAAUUUCCGAUCACUUCGAGGAUCUGAAGAAAUUCGCGAAUCAAGAAUCAUAUCGUGACUUACCUCCAAGCGUUGUGUAAGAAAUGCGACCAUUAAAAUGUUGAUGGCACUUUUAUUGUAGGUAGUUACAUAUAAUACAAUAAAAGUGCCAUCAACAUUUUAAUGGUUCGAAUCAUUCAACACUACAGUCGUGGUUGGGUUUAGGUUGUAUACAAUUACAACGCAAAAAAAUUCGAGCAAGUUAAUUUUAAAUAAUUUUAGGUAAAAAAAUGUGAUAAAAAUAACGUUUUUUCAAUCUUUUUUUCUAUACUUUCUGAUUUACCAGUCGAGGGAUUUUGAAGUGUUCGAUUAGGUGAAUAUUAAACUAUACCAUGUUAUAAAAAUUCAAUAACGUUAUCUUGUGUAGAAAAAUCCAAUUCAUCUUAUCGCUUACCUAAGGUUACUUCAUCUUGAAGUAGGCCUGUGUCUAUUUUUAACGUUGAAUUUGAGAAAUGUACUGAAUAAAAAAUACCUAGUGGCCUAUUUAUCAUCUGCGUCCACUUACUUCACUUCGUCGACUAUCUCUUCCGUGAUCUUUUCCUAUACUUGUAAUUUGAAAUUUGAGAGAUUUUCUUCAUUACUUUUGGGAUAUUAGCCGAUAGCAUGUAGCACGAUUUCAGUUUCAGCGCAAUUUUGAUGAAUAAUAUAAAUAUUUUCAAAUCAGUUCAACGACAAAAAGAAAAAAGUCAUUAAUGAAAAAUUGUUUAUGAUGACAAGGUUGGACUAAUUUUCAGAAUCAGUCCGGAGAAAUGGUUUCUUCACAGAACUAUUUUCCGUCCCUCUAAUAUGCCUUUCGACAUGUAAUUAUGGGGAAAAAAUGUUUACUCAAAAUUGUAAAAUUCAACUUUUAUAUUUUGAAAAUUUUAAAGAUCAAUUUUUAUUAAAUAUGUACAAUAGGUAAUUCGAGAUAAAUUUUUAUUCAUGCUAAAAAUUUAAAUCAAAAUGAAUUUUUGAUGAAAAUACAAUCAUGUGAAUUAAACACUUAAGAUAGGUACUUAAUUUUUUUUUUCAGAAAUCCAAUUUGAAUGAUAAUUUUAUCUGUGUACCUACUGAUAAAUAUCUAAUUACGAUUAAGAGUAGAUCUGAAUUAGAAUCCUAAUUUUAAAUAAAAUACUGAUUGAAUUUUUUUUCGAGAAAGAAAGUGAAAUUGAAUCCUCAUAUCAAGUCAAGAUAUUCGAACUCAGCGACCCUAAAUUAAUGAGAAUAGAUGAUUGAUAAUUCACAUUGUAUUUUCAUCAUUUCUUUUUCGGUGUCUAUCCCGGUACUGCCUUUGGAGUCCGACCCGGGCCGUCCGGGACUUACUAUUGGCAACGCAGCAGCCAUCGCUUUUUACUGAGUCUCUCGAAAGACACGGUGACCUGCGACGGUGACUUGAUAACAGAACAUCGCUAUUAUGUCCCUUCUAUACUGAAGAGCGCGCCCUGAAUUCUCCCUGACAGUGCGUGUUCAAUGUAUGAAAUUAAACAAAUUCCCUCGUUUUUCUCUUUGCGGGUUUAACAAGUUUACUGCACUGGAGCUGGACACUCUACGGGCUGUGAUCGCGGUUGUAUACCAUACGUAUGCAGGUGCAUGAACAGAUCACCUGUUGAUCCUCUUUGAGAGAUCGAUAUUUCAAUUAGGUAUUUUAUUUUAUUCAAUACCUUAUUUUAAAAAAUAUUACGUUUAAAGUUAAUUACAAUAUUAAUGCACUUUGAGUGAAAUUUUUAUGUAUUAAGCACAUUAAUCAGCUAAACGUGUACAAGAACUUAUAAAAAGAGUGUGUUUUGUGUGAAAAAUAUAAAUUUUUUAAAAUAUAAAAAGAUCGUGUUUUGUGAGAAGAAUAUAAAUUUUUUUAAAUUUUGUUCCUGUCCGUGGAAGUUUGAAAUUUUGUUCCUGUCUGUGGUAGUGUGGCACCUUCGAUAUGAAUCUAUUGUUGGGUGACUCGCAAUUAAAGUUUGUAAGCUUCAUUCCAUCUUAUAUUUCAAAAUGCUGGAAAAGUGGAAUGAAGCUAAACACCAUUCCAGAAGAAUUUUGGGCGUCGCUCCCCAAUUAUGACACUGUUGUCAUACAUUUAGGGACAAAUCACAUACCAUGUAAGUUUGAUUCUCCUGAUUCGGUGCAACGAAAGUAUAUGGGACUUAUUCGGAGAAUCCGGAUAAUCAAUACAAAUAGCUGUAUUGUUAUAUCCGGAAUCAUUCCUCGUUAUCAGAACCACUACAAGGAAACGGAUUGGGACAACCUCAAUAAGAAAGCGGCUAAUACCAAUUGUCUACUGAAAGAUAUCGCAGACAGCGAGAGGAAUGUAUUUUUCCUGAACAAUUGGGCUUCGUUCACAUUGCCGAAUGGUGAUCCAAAUGGACAGCUGUUAUCCAUAGAUGGCCUUCACCUUUCGCAUCCCGGAGUUCAGGUCUUAGAAGAAAACAUAAAGGAAGUAUUGUUACAUUUGGGUACAUUAAUCAAUAAGCAUGAUGAAGUUGUAAAUAACACCAGCAUGAAUUUUUUCAAGAAAAUUUAUGAAAAUGAUGUUAACAGGAGCAGCAGCAAAAGUGAAAAUGAAAUCAGAGGUGAAAGAGGUACUGCUGAUGUAAAAAGUGAACAGAGAAUUACAGACGAGAAGCAUUUUGGAACUGGGUGUAGUGGCGAUGGAAAGGGAACUGAGGAUGUUGGAGGUAUGCGAGGUGACGAUGUAAGUGAAAAUGGAAAUAGAGGUGUUGAAGGCGUAUGCCUGAGUAGUGAGAGACGUGUGAGUACAAGAGGUAGCAGCAAUGGUAAAAAAAGUGAAAGAAAAAAGGGUGACAAAGAAGUCGUAAGUGAAAGUGGAAACAGAGGUGUUGAAGGUGUAUGUGUUGGUAGUGAGAGACAUACGAGUACAAGAAGUAGCAGCAAUGGUAAAAAAAGUGAAAGAAAAAAGGGUGGCAAAGAGGUCGUAAGUGAAAGUGGAAAGAGAGGUGUUGAAGGUGUAUGCGUGGGUAGUGAGAUACAUAUGAGUACAAGAGGUCACAGCAAUGGUAAAAAAAGUGAAAGAAAAAUGGGUGGUGGUGAGGUCAGAGGCACACAAGGAAGUGGCAGAGGUCAGGAGAGUAGCAGAGAGAAGCGUGCACAUGAGAGUGGUAAAAGUUCACAAGGGGAAGAUAUUAUACGUGAGAAAUGCGGCAAAAAAAGGAGAAGACGAGAUUGUGAUAAUAGUGGUACUGAAAGGAAGGGUAGUGGAGAGAAGUAUAUUGGUGAGAGGAGGAAAGGUGCACAAGGAAGCUGUGGUAAAAUUAGAUUUAUCAAAGGAAAGCGAAAACAAGGUGGAGGUGGUAGUUCUCAGAUUAGUCAUGAAAAAAGUGAGAUAAGACCAUGUAACAGUAAAUGCUAUGUGUAUUCUGCUGAGGGAAUUAAUGGUGGUGGUGGUGGUGGUGGAGCUUGUAAUGAGACUGGUGUCUGUGAAAAAAAAACCACUCUAGCAGCAUCUGACUCAAAAGAGCAUAAUAAUACAUCAAUAAAAUCUCCCCCUAAAAAAAUGUACCCUAAAAAAUGUAAAAAUUGCGAUAAAUUGAUUACCACUAAAGGAAACGCUUAUAAGCAUAAAAAAAAGUGUCCUUUGGAGCCAAAUAAUUUGCUUGGUCCUAAAACAACUGCUAAAAAUGAUAGUAAUGUCAGCAUUGGCAGUAAUAAGAUUAAAACUACACAAAAAAUUUACCCUAAAAAUUGUGAAAAUUGUGAUAAAUUGAUUACUACUAAAGAAAACGCUUAUAAGCAUAAAAAAAAGUGUCCUUUGGAGCCAAAUAAUUUGCUUAGUCCUAAAACUGAUGCUAAAGAUAUAAUUAAUUGUGUUGUUGAUCUAAGUGAAUCCCCCAUUUACAAAAAAUCUGAGUCGAAUCCCAGCAUUAAAAAAACAAUGUAUCCCAAACUUUGUGACUUUUGUGGAAAAAACAUGCUAAACCGUAAAGCAAAUUAUAUCCAUAACAAAAAAUAUUGUCCCAAAAUUAAGCGUACAUUGGAAGCAGUUUAUAAAGAUCACUGCUACCAUACAAAAAUAAUGAGGCGAUGUCCGGAUUGUCGUGUUGUUUAUUCCUCUCAAAGAUCUUUUACAAAACAUUUCAAAAUUUGUAAUAAAAAUCAAAUUAAAACAAAUCUGCCCUGCUUAAAGCAUGGGUGCAUUUCUAAAUUUAAAACUUACUCCUCAUUACUUAAACAUUUAAAUAAAGAUCAUUUGGUUGAAAAUGACAUCAUAUCUCUUUCAUUUUCGAAUAUUUCGGAAUUCAACGAUUGGAAAGAUGAUGAGCAAGUAGACACCUAUAUGUAUGCCAUUAAUAGGAGUGCAAAAUUUCACAAAAAUAAAAAAUAUAUUUAUUAUGCCUGUCAGUUCGAUGCUGCUAGGUUCUAUACGCCUUUUAAAUGUAAAACAAGUAGGCGUAAAAAAGUGGGCUAUGUGCCACAUGCUUUUUGCCCAUCUCGUAUGUUUGUGCAUGUAACUAAAGAUAACGUGCAGGUGAGAUAUGUGAAAACUCAUCAUAAUCAUAAAGUAUCAUUCGAAAAUGUUAAAUGGAAUCGUUUUCCUAGAAAAUUCAAAAGAAAAAUAAAGUUAUAUUUAGCACGUGGGAUGGAUCCAAAGAAAAUUUUGAAAUAUUGCCAAGAAAAUCAGGGUGAAAAAGAAUCAUAUGAGGGUAAAAAGAAACACACAGUAUUUGCAACUUCAAAGCAGAUUAGUUCUUGGUCAUAUGAAUUGAAAAAGUCACAAAGCUUGCAUACUGAUGAUGCAACUGCUGUAGCUUACUGGGUGCACAAAAAUAAAGACAAAGUUUUAGUAUAUAAACCUCAAGGCCUUCAAACAAAUAUAGGGAACUGUGAUCUGGAUGAAACUGCUGAUGCAAAUACUUUAUUUGCAUUGGGUAUUCAAAGGGAUAGACAAUAUUUGCAAUUAAAGGAGGGAAGUGGGGAUAGAGUUUUGUGCAUUGAUGCUACUCAUUGCACAAAUCAAUAUAAAUUUUAUUUGGUAAAUUUGGUAAUUUCUGAUCGUUUUGGAAGAGGGUAUCCUGUAGGGCACUUUAUUACAAAUUCGAUGACCUAUGAAGUGCUGAGAUCCCUUUUCUCAAAUAUUAUGACUCAACAUCCAGAUCUCUCAGUUUCCUAUAUUAUGACAGACGAUGAUCCAGCAUUAUAUAAAGCUGCCAUGGAUGUUUUUGGGAAGGGAAACAAGAAGCUCAGACAUUUGUUAUGUAAAUGGCACAUAGAACGAGCUUGGACAAAACAACUGGGGGUCAAAAUUAAAAAUCAAAUUGUGAGAGAGCUGGUAUACAAAGAUUUGAAAAAAUUAUUGCUUCUCCGGAGAAGAGAUCAGUUUAAGAAAUUUCAAAAAUUGUUUAUUGAAAAAUACUCCCGAAGUAGACACACAAAAGCAUUUGCAGAAUACUACGAGAAAUAUUAUUCAAAUGAAGAAAGAGUGAAAAAAUGGGCCUUUUGUUACAGAACUUUUUGGCACUUUAACACUGAUACUAAUAUGUUAGUUGAAGCUUAUCAUAAUGAAUUAAAAACACACUGGUUUAAACGCUGUCCAAACAGACGAUUAGAUGAUUUGCUGGAUACACUGCUUGCUAUUGAGGCAAAUAAAUAUCUGCAAAAUUUUUACAAAAAGGAGGUGGGUAUGCCAACAAUCUAUGAUAAGCUGGGUGAUGAUAAUACUCAUAAUUUAGGAGUUGAAAUUUCAGAUAGUGAUGUCAUUACUAUGAUUAAUGAGUUUUCAUGGAAAAUUCGUUCACAGCGUGUCUGUAGUGUUUUUUAUGAAGUUGAAAAACUUCGAAAUCAAUGUUCUAUUCCUGAUCAUUGUUCUAUAAAGUGUACUCGUGUUCCUUGCAAUGAUUUAUGUGCCCAUUUGUAUCAAUGUAGUUGUCCCCAUAUUUCUGGUCUAUGUAAGCACAUUCACAAGAUUCAUAUUUUUUCAAAAGAUUCUUCUCCAAAUUUCCAUGCUGGUUUGAGUAAUUUUAAAACUGAACAUUUUCGAGAAAGGAGGACUUGCGAUGAAAAUAUUCGAGUUGAAAAUACAGCGAAUAAGACUUUCACUGAAAUGCAACGUUUAACUCUACAUAUGGAUGUUUUGGAAAAACUAGAUGUUCUUGAUCAGCAACAAGUGUAUAAAAAUUUAAGAAUUGCUAACGAUAUUAUUGACGCUUCUAAAUCUUCAGAUGUAAUUUCUCCUCCAAAGCUUACUGUACCUUCUAAAAUAUCUCCCAAUUCAAAAUUGCAAACACAAAAUGCCCAACUUCAUCAAACUGUAAAAAAUCGUAAAAUACCACGCAAGAAAUUACAAUAUUCAGGUUCCUUUCCAUCAACAUUUACACAAGCAAUUCAUAGUGAAAAUGAACUCACUAAAACUAUCUUCAAUGUAGGCCCUUAUAAUAUAUCCUUACUUUAUUUAAAAUCCAUAGAAAAUGAUCUACCACCUGAUGAACGUAAUUUGUGUAUAAAACAUGAUAAAUAUUUUCGAGUAGGUUGGUUGUACGACAGCAUCAUUGAUGCCUAUUUGCGUAUACUGUGCUCUUCACAUCCCUAUGUGUAUGUCUUGAAUACAGCAUUUUAUAAUUAUCUGCGCGAGCAUAGAGGCAAUGUAUCCGAAAAAAGUGUCGAUUUUCUUGACAAUCGUGGUUUGCAAAAAUUAUUUAUGCCUUUCAAUUUGAAUGGCAAUCAUUGGGCACUUCUUGUUUUUUACAUUAAUGUUUUGAAAAGGGAUAUAGCAAUUUUAUUGUUUGAUUCGAAUAAUGCCGAUAGUGUUGAUAAUCCAUCAAUAGAAUAUAUUGUAGGUUUGUGGGUAGAAAUUUUAAAGCGGAAAUUUCCUUCCUUCAACAUUAGGGAUCCAAUUCAACCUAAACAUGCCUUACAAAAAGAUGGUAAAAGCUGUGGUGUAUAUGUUUGUUAUUUUGUGAAACAGUUGCUUAAUAACAAUUCUGUUUCAGAUGAAUUUUCAACAGUAGAACUUCGAGAACAAAUCUACAGAACCAUUGUUGAAAGUCAAUUGAAUGACGAUGAAGAAGCCUAAUCUCACAAGAUAGCCUCCCACGAUGAUAAUCUCUGAUUGGAAUGAAAGUUGUGAAAAGAGGAUCUCAAAAAAAACGUCCUCCAAUCAUUAGCUGCUCAAAACGACUCAAUUUUUGGUGAAUGUUUGAAGUUUUGUUUUUGUUGCAAAAUUCUAUAAUUUAUUUCGUUAUCAGAUUUAUAUAUUUUGUUAUUAUUUCGUGAUUUGUUAUUGUUUAUUCUUAAAUUUUAAAAAAAUACAAUAAGCACCACAAUUCCUCCUGUGGUUGUAAAAAUUGUAAAUAUUUAGCUAAACUUAUAAAUACCUAUGUAUGUACAUAAUAUUAUUCAGCCACAUUACAUCCAAAGGAGAAGUCUCAAAAUAAGGCCAUUUUUUGACACCUGAAAAUUAUCGACUCGACCACUCUUGAAAUGUUGUAAAAAAAUUACCCAAAUACGAAAAUGGCCAAUUCUUUCGGCUCUAGGAGGUUCCCAAAGUUGUAAAUAAAAAUAAAAAAUAAUUUUAGGAACCAUUGAGUAUUUUUCUCAGAAACUUUUUUAACGUAAAAUAUCUGUUUGAAUUCGAUAAACGUUAUGCUAGGUAAUUUUCCUACUAUCGACCUUAGGGCGGCAGAAAUGGGAGGGGGGUUAAUUUUUGGAAAAUUUUGGAACCACCAUUUUGAACCUACCCCUUUGAAUCCUGCUAAAAAGCUUUUUACAGUUUAUUAGUACCUGAAAGACUUUCAUUUUACCAACUUUGAGCUCAAAAAAAUUUUCCCCUGGAACUCAAAAAUCCGAUUUUCCAAUUUUUCCUGUAAGUUUCAUACUUAUAAUAAUUGAGCUUUCUUGAGUAAAAUUCUGAAGACGUGAAUUUAACGAUUUUUUUUUCAACGAACUCAAUUUUUAAAAUUAGACCCAAAAAAGCUCAAUUAUGAAAGUUACAGGAAAAAUUAAAUGAAAAAUUAUCGAGCACUUGCUGGUGUGUUUCAAAUGCAAAUUACACUAGGUAGGGAACUUUUUUCGACUUCUUUUUUGUGUUUGGGUUGAAAUUGGGCUUAAUCAAUAGUUUUAUUAGUUUUGACCCUAAAACAAAAAACAGAGUGAGUUUUUUAAAAUUUGAGUUGUUUUUGUGGUCAGGAGAGAUAGUCAAAGUUGCAAAAUUAAAAAUGACAGUUUUCGCCCUAUUUCAAGCAUUUGUAGUGACGUCCGUAUUGUUUUGCGAAAAAAACCAAGGUCAUUUUCGAAUUCUACGCACUUUUUAAAGUAAACCAUUUUCCCCGAUUUUUGAUUUUCCAAGUUUCAAGCGCAUAAGACUAAUUUUUCUAAAUAUGAUAAAUUCAAUUUGAACUUUGGGUGAACUCAGUUCUGCGCCAGGAGUCGAUUACGUGGUGGACUAACCUCAGCGUCGCGCGCUUUGAGUUUUAAAUUAUUAUACAAAUAAAAAUCUUCCGUAUACGCUUGAAAUUUGAAAAAUCAAAAAUCGGAGAAAGUACCUAGUUUACUUAAAAAAGUGCGUAGAAUUUGAAAAUGACGUUUUUUUCGCAAAACAAUACUGAUGUCGCUACAAACUCUUGAAGCAGGGCAACUUUGAUCAUCUCAAGUAACCACAAAAACAACUCAAAUUUAAAAAACUCGCUCUGUUCUUUGUUUUAGGGUCCAAAGUAUCGAUUAAGUUAUUUUCAACCGGAACACAAAUAUGCAGUUGCCUGGUGUUAUUCAAUUUAUCUGAGAACAUAUGCAUGGAUUUUUGAGUGGGUACCAGCGGAAAAUUUUAUCGAGCUGGAAAUUUGGUAGGAUAGAGGUCUUUCAGAUUCGAAUGUACUGUAAAAAUCUUUUUAGCAGGGUUCAAAGGGGUCAGUUCAAAAUGGUGGUUUCAAAAUUUUCCCAGAAUCUAAACUCUCCAAUUUCUGUCCCGAGAGUUGAAAAUAGGAAAAUCACCUUCCAUAACAUUUAUCGAGUUCAAACAGGUAUUACACUAAAAAAGGUUUUGAAAAUAAUACUCAGUGGUUCCUAACAUUAUUUUUUCAUUCACAACUUUGGUUACCCCAGGAGCCUGGUCAUUUCGAAUUUGGGACAUUUAUUACAACAUUUCAAGAAUGGCUAAAGAAUAUCGAGACUCCUCGUUUAUACACUUUUUUCAAUAGAAAAAUAUUUACUAACAAGUUCAUUCACCUUAUGUUAUUACAGCUAUGAUGUUUGUUAUUCUUUUGAUUUGAAGUUAUAGAACCCAUGUUCAUUUUUGUUAAAUAUUUUAUAUAUUUUAAUUCUUAAUAAAGUUACCAUUUUUGUUUUUGUAAACGAUUUUUUUCUACAUGGUAGUACAGCAGUUUUUGAUUU